CCCCGCUAUACCUACCCGCUGUGACCCCGGCGUCUCGAGGAGCUAGCGAGCUUUAGAAAUUAACUCUGACCGCGGUAGGGGGUGAGGUGGGGGUGGGGUCGAGGCGACUUGCUUAGGACGGCUUCCCUAUUUUCCGGGCUGGCAUGUGCGGUUUGGAAAGCAGGCGUGAGCCUCCAGGCAUGAGCAGCGUGUCGACUUUCUCCAACUCGGGCCCCAGGCGCUCCGGGCUCCAGGCCUGGGGUUCAGACCUGACCUCCGGUAGCGCCGCCGGCGUAACUGCACCCAGAACUUCGCCGCCGGGCUUUGAGCAAGAGCACCCCCAGGAUCGCCACGACGCGGGCAGCAAUGGGAACCCGCGCCUCCCCCACCUCUCGUCGGCCGGACAGCACCUCUACAGCCCCGCGCCGCCCCUCUCCCACACUGGAGUCGCAGAAUAUCAGCCGCCACCCUACUUCCCGCCGCCCUUCCAGCAGCUGGCUUACACUCAGUCGGCGGAUCCCUACUCGCACCUGGGGGAAGCCUACGCCGCGGCCAUCAACCCCCUGCACCAGCCCGCGCCCACCGGCAGCCAACAGCAAGCCUGGCCCGGCCGCCAGGGCCAGGAGGGGGCCGGCCUGCCCUCGCACCACGGGCGCCCGGCCGGCCUGAUCCCCCACCUCUCCGGGAUGGAGGGAGGUGCCAUGGGCACCCGCAGGGACGCUUACCGCCGCACCGAUCUGCUGUUGCCACACGCACAUGCCCUGGACGCCGCGGGCCUGGCGGAGAAUUUGGGGCUCCACGAAAUGGCACACCAGAUGGAGGAGGUGCAGAAUGUCGAAGAUCAACAUCUGCUGCUUCACGACCAGACUGUUAUUCGCAAAGGUCCUAUUUCAAUGACUAAGAACCCCCUGAGCCACCCUUGUCAAAAGGAGCUGGUAGGGGCUGUGAUGAAUCCUAGUGAGGUCUUCUGCUCAGUCCCUGGAAGAUUGUCCCUUCUGAGCUCCACAUCUAAAUACAAAGUGACAGUUGCUGAAGUCCAGAGGCGAUUGUCCCCACCUGAAUGCUUGAAUGCCUCAUUACUGGGAGGUGUCCUCAGAAGAGCCAAAUCCAAAAAUGGAGGCCGGUCCUUGCGGGAAAAGUUGGACAAGAUUGGACUGAAUCUUCCGGCUGGAAGACGGAAAGCUGCUCAUGUCACUCUCCUGACUUCCCUAGUUGAAGGUGAGGCUGUUCAUUUGGCUCGGGACUUUGCAUAUGUCUGUGAAACAGAAUUUCCUAGUAAACCCGUGGCAGAUUAUUUAACCAGACCUCAUCUUGGAGGCCGGAAUGAGAUGGCAACUAGGAAGAACAUGUUGCUGGCCGCACAGCAAGUGUGUAAGGAAUUCACAGAGCUACUUGGUCAAGAUCGAACACCCAAUGGGAACAACAGGCUCCCUCCAGUCUUGGAGACGAACAUCCAGAACUGCUUGUCUCAUUUUAGCCUGAUUACCCACGGCUUUGGCAGCCCAGCUAUUUGUGCUGCAGUGUCCGCUGUGCAGAACUACAUAAAAGAAGCCCUGAUAGUCAUAGACAAAUCUUAUAUGAAUCCUGGAGAUCAGAGCCCAGCUGACUCAAGCAAAACUCUGGAGAAAAUGGAGAAGCACCGGAAAUGAAAUGGGGGUUUAAAAAAAAAAAGACAAGAAGAGUGAAAAAGAAAAGGGACUCGGAAACUUUCUCCAUCUGGACAUACUUGGGACCCCUCUAGCCCAGGGGACAUUUUUGUUACCCAUCUCCCCAUUAAAAAAAAAAAAGCCACCGCGGAUCUCCAAUUUCCUGGACUUCUUAGUUUCUCUAGCCGUGAAGUGUUGCCCUGACUCUGGACAAGUUAUCAGAAGGUGACUAGUGCUGGGUCUUGACUCAUUAAGCUUCUGUUUUACUUUAUUAUUUUUUAAAAACCCCAUUCUUUUUUUUUUUUUUUUUUUUUUUGGAAAGUGGUGCUACAAGUUUUAGAAUCUUUUAAAUAAAUUCCCUGGGCUAACAACAAAAAUUCCACCUGGUUGUUGAAACGAUCAACUGAUGAGAUGCAGAUCAACUUUUUUUCAGUGUUAAAGGAAAUAGUUGGCUUUUGUGUCCACUAAAUAUUUACCUUCAAAAAAGUAUUUAUCUAGCUUCUUCAGAUACCAAAUCCUGCAUACAGUAAGAAGCAGAAAUUUUGAUUGCUUAGCAACUAGUUAAUAGAUGGUAUUUGACACACUUUAAACUCCUUGUUCAAAGGGGGCUUUUGGGUUUUAUGAAACUUGUAGAAACAAAGCCUGCUGAUGAUGAUUAUGUUUUCCCUUUUUUUUUUUUUUUACUUUGAAAGUUAACUCUUCAAAUGGGAGAAUCUUUGAAAUGACAUGUUCCUUUAAGGUACUGAAGCUUUAUUUGUAUAUUUAUUUCACAUCAUGGUGUUUUGAGUAAACUUGAAAAGGGUAGGCACGAAGCAUUUUUUUUUUUGCUGGCUGUCACCCCCUCCCCCAGGUCCCAGAGGAGGCUCUGUAUUUUGCAAAAUAGUGUGUUGAGUGUACAGAUUUUAUUUAUGCAUAAUUUAAUGGGGUCUGUAAAUACGGGUGUACUUCUUAAGACUUUUUGAGAAAUGGGGUUUGAUUUUAAUAUUAACUUUUAAAGGUGAUGGGCUAAUCUAAAAAUACAUCUUUAGGUUUUAUUCAUAUGUACACAGGUACUAAGAAUUAGGAGGCUCUUGGGUUCUGUUCUGGAUGUAGGGGAUGUUAUUUAAUUGAACUACUUUGUUCACAAAGCAGUAAUUUUGUGUUUUGCUCCUAUUGGGAAGAACUCGGAGAUGAGUGUGUGGUGCUGUGCUUGUGGGUAAAAUGGAGGUUUGGAAGUGAACUCCAUGCCUACAAAUGAUCACAAAAGAAUUGUGUAUAUGAUACCUAUACAAUAAAAAAAAAAUAUUCUCGAUAGAAGCUGUGA